GGCUAGGUUAUCAACAUUCUUUGAUCCGAACCCGCCAGCAACAGCUGGAGGAAAAACAAUAAAGGGGAGGAGGAAAAGCAGGAUCUUUAGCAGUGAACAAGGAGCAAAGAAGAGUAGCAGUACGAGGACCACAGCGGGAUCUUCCUCUUCGGUGUGCUUUUGUGCGUGUACACAUUUGUGUGUCUUUGUCUGCUUCCCUGUGCAUACUGUGAGACCCCGUGUGUGUGUGUGUGUGUGUGUGUGUGUGUGUGUGUGUGUGUGUGUUAGAAAGAGAGAGAGAGAGAGAGAGAGAGAGAGAGAGAGAGAGAGAGAGAGAGAGAGAGAGAGGUGCUCUCUGGGCAUAUUGCUGACGUGGAGAGGAUGGCAUCGGCUGCUCGAUUAGCCGAGAGAGGCGUGGAGAUGGAGAGUUCUCGGGAUAUUGUUGGUAGUUCUGCCUGGGUCUUUGCUGAGCGUGACAAGUUGGUUUCUUCUGCUACCGAAUUCUUAACCCAACAUACCGGCCGCUGCGACCCGCGAAUCGCAAUAUCCGUCCCUUCUGUCUUCACAGCUAUCUAUGAACUGCUGAUCUCUGUAACAUUCUUCCUGCGGACCCUUGUGAUGUCAGCCUCCCUGCUGAUAUUGAAACAUGUGGUAGCUGUGUCUUCUCCAUCAUGGGAGGCUCCGCAGCCGGUUGAGACGGCACGAAAUGUUGACAGAUCGUUGCCCAUUGGUGAAAUGGCUCAGAAAAUCGAGGCUGUAAGUGACGAGGAGGAAAGGUGGGAGUCAAAGGGAGUUGAUGACAUGAAAUCUUCUUCUGGCCUUCAACCCAGGCCUGGGAUCGUCAGGAACCUGAAGACGGUUGGUAGUUCCAGGCGGCGGGGUUCUGAUGAUACUCAAAUGCCGGGUGGGACCAGAGCCACACGACCUGCUCCAAGAUUAGGCCUCGCAGGUGCGCGCUCUGCUGCGUAUGCUGUGGCUGCUACCAAAAGGGACAUGGGGAGAGCCAAGGGAGGAUGGGGUUUAUCAGGAAGGACUGCUGCAGAUGAGCCUGUACGCCCACCUCAGCUCAGGCAGAGCACGGGACGUUUGGUUUACAAAAGACGGGGUGCAAUAGCGUCGAAAGUGGUCCCUCCAGGCUCUGCCACAGCUAUUCCUGGACUUGAUUCUGUACCUGGAACGUCAUUGGGUUUUGCCGGCGAAGCUGAUGGAACAGUUGCUGGUUUCGGGGAUGGCGAUAAGUAUCCUGAGGCGAUUUCCAGACAAUUCGAUGUAGAUGUGGAUAGUGACCCAACGGCGAGCGAAGGGGAGCGGCUGCAGGAGGGGCGGGGAAGACGAGGGAAAGGAGAAGAGGAGGAAGAAGAAGUGAUGGAUUUCGUGCCUGAGGGAUUCGACGAAGAAGACACGGAAUCGGAAGGCAUACCAGAACCAACGGAAGGCCUCACUGCUGAUUCUGCUCCUCCCGGAAUGAAGCGUCAGAAACCUCCUAGAGGUACCAAAUGGGACCUCCGAGCGGACAACGAGGCGUUUGUCGAGAGAGAGGAUGAAGAUUUUGAGCGCUUUGCCCCGAUUUCUCUUCUCCCUCCUCCUCCUCCUCCUACUCUUGCCGAUGGCAUAGCUAGAUUUUCUCGACCCCAUGAUCGUAGCGGAAAUCUCCUCAUCAGGAAGCGCCCCUCGAAAGAGCAGGAGCAACAGCAGCAACAGCAGCAACAGCAGCAACAGCAGCAACAGCAGCAGGAGGAGGUCUCAGAAAACGCUGUUACUCCUCCUGCAGCCCAGAUGCCAGGAGAGGCAACAAGUGCUGGCGAGCUGUUGCCUGAGAGCCAGAUGACGUCAACAACAAACUUAGAGGAGACACAGACAUUGACAUCUCUAGAUCCUGAAGGGGCGAAAGUCGAUACGGAUAGUAACAAUGUGGCACCGGUGUCUCUUAUGAUGCAGCGGCAGCGGUUGGAGGAAGCAAUGUAUUAUGGUGCAGAUGAUGGUGGUGGUUUAGAAGUGCUUCUGGCAGCUAGCAGGGUCGUAAGAGAAGGUGGCGAGGAACCGUCGCAUGCAAGGGAGGUAGAUUUGUCCUCGUUGGUCGUCAGCGCAGCAAGUGAGAUCGCGGUCGACAAAGGGGUAGAGAUUGCCCCUGCCUUGGGGGAAGAAGAUCAUGGUGAUGAAGAUGUGGCAUCGUCUGCGGUUGCACGAGGAGAACAGAGUGAUGAUGUUGUCCCCGAGGGUCCUUCGCAGUCGGAGGAGAUAGUGCAAGCGCAAUCCAAUGCUUCUCCUGAGAAUGAUAACGACGAUUCAUUGCAAGAGCAACCAAAUACCGGAGAGGAAGUUUUGAAGGACGCAGAAGGAAAAGCCGUAAGCGGAUCGGAUUCUGAGCUGUCUGCUGUGGAGAAAGGGAAUGGCAUUGUCGACCCGACGGUUGUCUCGGGUCUGAAGAAAGAGCUAGAGAUCGAACGAACAGCAGCUGCUCGAGCUGCCGAGGAGGCGAUGAUGAUGAUAAUGAAAUUGCAGAAAGAGAAAGCUGCCCUUCUUAUGGAAAUGAAACGACUAGCUCGCGAUGCAGAGGAACGGCAGGAACAUGACGAAAGCACUCUCACCCAUCUCAAGGCAGAUGUACAUAAGAAGUUGAAGGUGAAUAAGGUGCUUGAAAAGAAAAUCCACACCUACGAAAAACAACUUGGUGCCGGAUCUUUGAAGCAUUAUCACAGUUCCAGUGCCGGAGAAAGCCAAAUUUCGCUGAGCGACGACGAAACCCCCGCUGGCAGCACCGGCAACGUCGAAUGGAGCGAGAAUGAUGCCUUGUCCCUCGAGAACAUGGCUUCUUCGCUUCAGUCAGCUGACAUGGAGUCUCUUCGAUCGCUUGGAUCUUCCUUGGUCACUGUCGUAAAGAAAGGAACACCAGCACCAUCCGUCACGAAAGGAACGCCGCUAAUUCCAGAAGCGACAAACCUGGCAAGGUCAGGAAGAGGACACAAGACCCCACAGGCGAAGGAGAAACAGUCCACUCUCAGUGGUGUCCAGAGGAGCGCCCUGCAAAGAAGAGGCCGAGGGAUAGAAGACGAGGAGGAGGACGAGGAGGAGGAGGAGGAAAUGUCCAUGGAGGAGGAGUUAUCUGAUCUUGAUGAAGCAUCGGAUUUGCCGGUGGAUGAAGAAACGGACAGGGAACAGUUUUAUUCAGAGGAGCUUGUUGACGAUGAGUUUGAUGAGGACUUGCUUGGUGAUGAGUUCGAUGAAAAAUCGUUUGAUGAUUACGAUGGAGAAGUAGGAGAAGAAGAGGAAGAGGAGGGAGUGGCGUCGGGAGAAGAAGGAGAAGGAGAUGCACUGAGAGAUGGUGGUGACCGACUCUUGAGGCGAGGAGAAGGACAUGAAGAUGUAGAUUUGAAGUUUGACAAGGGGAAGAAGGGUGUACAUGACAAGAAAACCGCGAUGGGAUGGGGUGUGAUGGGCAUGCUCAGGCUGGAGGAGGAGGAAGAAGAAGAUGGUGAGGAGGUACCUAUGGAGAAGCAGUCUACAAAGCAUGGAAAACAAGGAAACACUCGCCCAAGUGGCCGAAAAGAGGGUGUGGCUGAAGGAAAGUCGGAUCAUGUUCCUGUCCUGGAGGAGAUGGUAGGCAAUCGAGGAGAAGCAGCGGGGAGUGAAAGCGAGGGAGUUUCAAUUCCAGAUUCAUUCGAUGAUCUAUCGCGGGCCCGUGCCUCACUGGGGAACAUGGGAGAGGCGAUGGAUAGCGAGGAUGACGAAGAUGUGACGAGGUCGAAGGCGCCAUCCUUGAGGUCGAGAGCAUCGGCCAAGUCGAUAUCGCAGACAAAGCGGAACAGGCGAGUUGCAAGCAAGCCAGAAUCGGAUUCUUCACUGGGCUCGAUAAGACGAAGUAGCGGAGGUGGUGCUAUGAGGGGGAAGAAGAAAUCACCUAAGGUUGGUUACCGCAGAGAGGAGGAUUCUACUGAAGAAGGUGACGCAAUUGAUGACCAGUUCACGGAGGGUGGCUAUGGGUCUAGCCUUCACCAUAAGAGAGGGGGAAUGUUUUCAGCGGGUUCAAGCGUGAGAGGCGUAGCUACAGGAGGAAGAGGAGGGGGAGGAGGAGAAGAGAGAGGAGGAGAUGGAGAAGUGGGUGGCUUCCCGAGGAAGGCAGAGGUAUUAGCACAUGAUGAGGGUGGUCGAGAUAUCGGUUCAACAGGUGGUAACCAAGGGUUACCAGGUUUCCAAUCAUAUCAUGAUGCAAUGACUAUAUCUGAGAACGAGGCGCGGGCUAAGGUGGACCGCACUCUAUCUCGUAGCCGCAGCCGCAAGACCGAUGCGAGCUACGGUGAUGAAUUUGAUGACAGAGUGACUUUCUUUACAAGCAUGGGUACCGAUGAGGACUCCGGGAAUGAUCAGACACUCUCAGAGGGGGAGAGAGCGGGGCUCCUCCUUCCUGCCGAAACUAGUCAAGGGCAACAGUUCGGACUUAGAGCUGGCAUUGGUAUCGGCGCAGCGGUCGUGCCAAACAUCCCAACUAGUGGUGUUAGUGAUUUAGAGAAUCAUGGCGAAUCGGAUCUGGUUAGUGAUGGGUUCGACAGUCACCACCCCGGGCACAACUUGAACUCUGACUCAUGGUACCCCAGCGGAAAACGACGAACUGUUUAUCAUUACGAUCAGGACAGAUUGAACCCCCUGGAGGAGUCGGACGACGUUCUGAUGAGCGAGGAUGGGUACUCCGGCCCGAAGCCUACAAAAGGUAACGACAUGCCUUCAGUCAUUACAACCAAAGAAGAAGAGGAGGCUGCAUUGCUUGGCGAAUCGGAGAACAUGGACUUGGUAGCAGGCAAGGGCAGACAUGGUAACCGUUCCAUGCGAGGUGGACAUGACCGUGACUUCAACUCCGCCUGGAAACAGCAAGAUCCCUACGCCUUGGAGUCUAAGAGUUACGUAGUGAGGAAGCGUGAAGCGUAUCCGAGUGAUGAAGAACCCGAACUGUAUCAUCAUGGACAUCAUCACCCGGACGGAGGAUCGGACGGCGACUCGGAGGGGGGGGGUAACAUCUUAUCAGAGGACGCAACGGCCUCGGCGGAAUCAGAGCCUGACGAGGAUCACAAACUAGAAGAUGCCCCAGAAGAUCAUUCAGGCCCUCAGCGAGCUGCAGAAGCAACAGCACAUCCGGACCCAUACGAUGUGGAAGCACUCACAGCAACAUCACCGGUGCAGUGCACACAGGAUAUCCUGAUCCUGAUAUUGGAGUCCGCAAAUCAGCAGACGUGAGGGGUGGCAAGCCAAUCGACGUUAUUGGUCACCGUCGCAGAAACGGCAGGAGCCGUUGUUGAUCCGGCAUCUGUUCCUCAAUCCUGAUUCACCACAGAGGCUCUAAAGAACAAGUAAGCUAAGGUUAUUCAAACAGAGACAUGUUUCUGAUGCUCUCUGCUAAGCUGAGCAUAUGAUCAUCCACUCUUUUUUUCUUUCUUUUUUCUUUUUUCUUCUGUGACCGCUACACAAGAACAUGCGCGCAUCAAUUCUCUCUUGGCACCGUUUUUCAAUCUGCAAGUUUGUUACCGUGACCAACCUCCUGCUGCCAGCUUUUUUUAUUUUUUUGUUUUUUUGUUUUUUUCGUUUUUUCCAAGGAAAAGCGGGCCCUCGUGGGCCUACCUCCUUCUAUUCCGGGGAGCCUCAAUCCGGUUCCGAUUUCACGGACAAGUCAAAAACACAUACGCAACACGUCUAAGGUUCUGCAGAUGUUGCUGUUGUUCCUGCGGCUGAUACUACCGGCAGCUACUCCUGCUCCUGGCCCUGCUCCUGCUCCUGCUCCUGCUCCUGCUCCAGCUCCUGCUCCUGCUCCUGCGCCAACUGCUGCUUCUGUGUCAGUUGCUUCCACGAGUGCCGUUAGCGCUGUCCUGCUGCUCCUGCCUGGGGUUGCUGUCGAUGCUGUUGCUUCCAUUUUCCAGCUUCCGCUCCUGUUGUGCUCGGACUACGGAUUUCUCCUUGCACUCUCUCUUGCCGGUCAUUCUGCUAUUGCUGCGACUCAUCUGCAUCUCCAGGGCUGCCUGUGCUGUGCCUGCUUCUAAGUACUGCUUCAAACGCCGUCACUGUUUCUGCGAUAGCAGGCACUACUGCUGCGCAGCGUUGCAGAGCUCCGUCACCAGGUUUCCACAAUCCUCAGUCUCAGUGGGCACUCCAAAAAAAGCAUGUUGCAGUUGCUGACAACUGUGGUCGGGAACGUCCGGAGAAGUUUCAAAGCACUUUCGAAGAAGUUUUGAAGGGUUAGUCUUGAAAAAGAUAAUUAUGGCUCUCGCUCCACCGAAAAACUUUCGAAAUGCAUGGGGGAUGUUCAUGAUGCACUUACAGUCUUUUGGACCAAUCAACUAACGUCCAAGUUUCAUGGCGCUAGCCACUGACAUCAUGCACACACACACACACAAGUCAUGCGUUCGGGAGACACAGUGCAAGUGCAGCCAAGCGGGCCGAGGCAUGAUGCCCAGGCGUGAACGCAUGACUUGUGUGUGUGUGUGUGUGUGUGUGUGUGUGUAUGUGUGUGUGUGUGUGUGUGUGUGUGUGUGUGUGUGUGUGUGUGUGUGUGUGUGUGUGUGAUGUCUGUGCCUAGUGCCGUGACCUUGGACGUUAGCAGGUUGAUAAUAGAUUAACUUAGCGCAGACCUGUCACUACCGCCUUUACCCCAAUCCAACACACGGUCAUUAUAGCUGAAUUUGGGGAAACGUUGAGUCUAGAAACAGCAAUAAUGCCCGAACGUUGUAUUCGGGUGGAGAUGGCGGUUGGGCCUGGCCGAAAAAAAAGAGCACGGAGUUAUCAGCCGCGGAGCCUGAUCCCUCAGACCACAGACCCAUCACUGGUGGGGCCUAACCCUUAGUGACCUUUUUUUUCGUUAGCCUCCGCAUUAGGCUAGUGUGUGAAGGAGGGUGUUGUAUGCAGUAGUGGUAGCUAUCACGUAGGUUUCAGACAUGGACGCAAGUAACGACCAAGAGAGAGAUGCGAGGACUCACUGGUAGACCCCCGGACGACAAGUUUUUCAGUCGAAGAAGUCUCAUUGUCAUCUCUGUUCCAUCUGUUUUGGAUUAUCUCACUGAUAGUCUCACUCAGAGUGAUUCUCCUAAUUAUGUUCCCUGUUUCCAGAUUUAUAACAUGAUGGCCACAAUA